AUUUCCACACACUGUUUCCCCACUUCCCCAACUACCCGUGUGGAGCAGAACUGGUCUUGUAGUCCUGAUUCGUCGCAGUUCCACAGAUGUGAGGGAACAUCCAUGAUGUUUAGUUCUGUGAGCAGGGCUUCAUACUCCUCAAACCAUUUUCCCACCACCACUGGGUUCAGGCCCGCAGCCCUUGCUGCAGACAGUGCUUCAGCGGCUCUCUCUUUUCGUUUCUUUCUGGCAGUGAGAUGGCUUGGUUGGAUAUACUUUAUCACCCGCUGUGGGCAGUUUCCACCGCGCUGCUGGCGUUGGUUGUGCGCACCCAGAGGAGAGGGAGUUGGGACCCGCAAGCCUGUACGGUGCAGCUGAAAGGGAAGACCGCUAUAGUGACAGGAGCCAACACAGGGAUCGGGAAGUUCAUUGCUCUAGACUUUGCACGUCGUGGGGCCCGUGUUAUCCUGGCCUGUCGAAGUGAGUCCCGGGGGACAGCAGCUCUUGAAGAAAUCCGGAAGAAAACAGGAAACUCUGAUGUCCACUUGCAUCUGGUGGACCUUUUGUCUUUGGACUCCGUCAGGGAAUUUGCUGAGAGGAUUCUUAAGGAGGAGAAAGCUCUUCACAUCCUCGUCAACAAUGCUGGAGUAUCAGGUUUACCCCGGCAGAUAACCAAAGAUGGGUUUGAAGCUUCUUUUGCCACCAAUCAUCUGGGACCAUUUCUCCUCACUAAUCUGCUGCUGGACCUGUUGAAGCGAUCAGCUCCGGCACGUAUUGUCACCCUUAGCUCAGUCAACCACAAGAGGGGUAAAGUGGAUUUUUCUCAUUUUCAUGGGGAGAACCUCAGUUAUCACAUGGAUGAAGUCUACAACCACACUAAACUGCACAAUAUCAUCUGCACCAAUGAGCUAGCACGCAGGCUGCAGGGCACAGGAGUCACUGCAAACUCUGUGCAUCCUGGUAUUGUCACAACAGAAGUAAUGAGACACUAUCAUUUCAUGAUUCGUUUUCUCUUCAACUUAAUUGGAUUUUUCUUUUUCAAGUCGUCAGAAGAGGGGGCAGUGAGCACUAUCUACUGUGCAGUAGCACAGGAAACGGAGGGGAUAACUGGGAAGUAUUUUGACUCCGACUGCUCCAUGGUUCUACCUGCCCCCUUAGCUCGAGAUGCUGCCCUCGCAGUCAAGGACUUUGAGAUCUGUGAGAGACUGACGUCAAAGCUGUGAAACAACUGUGGAAAUGGAGGCUUGAUAACAAAAAAGGGGUCAAAUUCCAUCCUUUUACUGCAAAAGCUUUUGUUGAGUGAACAAUUGUGACAUUAUGUGAAGAGCUGUGUCUAAAAUCUUCAGGGGAACUGAAUGCAUUUUUAUUUUUUAACACAAAAGAAUGCAUAAAACACAUGUUUUCAAUAGCUGUUUCCCUGACUAUGACCGCUAAAUAUUUUCCGUUCAGUAUAUAAAAUAAACAUUUCCUAAAAUGUGUAAAUUAUGCUUUGUCACUCUUUCUUGCAUUGAUGUGGAUACUUCUUUAAUAACAGGCCAAAGAUUAGGUAGGUAUAGGUUAAUCCCUAUUACUAAAAAGUAAGUUGCCAUGUUGUUGGAGUAAUUGUCUUUUUGGAAAAUGGUGGUUAUGUUUUUUUUUCUUUUCAAAAGAGUCCUGUGAGUUAAGGUAAGUGAAUGUG